AUGAAAGAAAAGCCUGCCGCCGAAGCCGAGAGCGACCUCGGUCAGGAGACGACCAGACUGAGAGUGAGAGCGGAAAUGAGUUUCUCUGAAUCAGCCAAGCGCUGGAACUUCUCACCCAAACUGAUGUGCUGUGAUCAUGCCCACUCCGUCAGGGUUACGGGAAGCGUCCCCUCCGCUCAGCCUACCGGCGUCAUCGGAACACAUAGCCUUUCUCUGAGAUCUCUCCUGCAAAUAGAGCAAUCCGUCGAAGACAUCUCGGAGAUGUUCCUGCGGGUAGACUAUGUCCUUGACGACGUCCAGGCAGGGGACACGACAGACGACGUCGUGCCAGUAUCAUCCUGGGACACGCAUCACCAGAUUUUCCUGCGAACCGCCGCAAAAUGCCGCAGUAUUUUGCACAACACCGUGGCCAUCAUUGACGUAUGCAGACCAUUUUUGCUCAUAGACAUCGGUUCGUCCUCGUACGACGACGCGAAUACGGGGUUCAAGAUCACAGAAGAACUAGUACGGACCAAGGUGGCUUGCGGUAAAGGUGGCUCGCAGGACCUGAGCAAACUCGCUCAGGCAAUUCCAAAAUUCGGAACCCAUCUCGCCCCCACGACCUCCUCAUCUGUGUCAGCCCCACGCGCAAGCCGUGAGGUGAUACCCAGGAUAUCCGUCCAUCGAUUAACAGCCGGUAUUGCCUUCGCACUGCGGAUACUACUGAGAUAUCCCUGGUCAUACGUCGCUAAUGCACCGCGGCGUGCCACCUCUCCCAAUAUAAGCUGCCACACGCCACCGCUGGUGGCGGAACCCGACCCAUCAUACCCAGAUACGAUGAUAUACGACAUAAAGUGCACCGCGGCAGAAAUAGAGCGCUUCUCCCUCACCUGGUUGGAGAUCGCAAAUGAAAUGGAAUCGUGGGCGGACUACCUGGCUCACCGCGCCUCCUUCUCCGAUGGAACCGCCUACGAGCUAGGGGAGCGCGAUGUAACGUUCUGCAACGCGAUUGCCGGAAUAUGGGAUGCGAUCAUGGAUAUGCGGCACGCUAGCCUCGUCCGGAUGUAUGCGAAAAAGCCAGCAGACGCGCAAUUGUAG